AUGACAAAAAAAGGUUCAUACAGAAAAUGGGUAGUUGCAGCUAAAAUGGUCAAUGAACAAAAAAUGUCUAUUUACAAAGCAGCAAAAAUCAGUGGAGUUCCAUUGAGUUCACUUAAAGAUUUUUUGAUACGUGAUAAUUUUGAAUUAGUUCCAAAAAUGGGAAGACCAUAUGCACUUACAUCAGACCUUGAAAUACAAAUAUUAAACUAUAUCAUAAAGAUGCAAGAACUUGGAUUUGGUUUGACUGUGUUACAGAUAAGAAAAAUAGCUCACAAAAGCCACUGCAGCUGGACGAUUUGCCCUUUAAAUAAAAAUGCCAUUUCUCCAGAAAUUAGAGCUGGCGUAUAUGUACAAUAA